CGUCACACACCCCCACCCCCACCCCCAGCGAGGAGGAGGAUCCCAACCCGCCUCUCUUUUCCUCCUCCACCCGCCGACGAGCGCCACCAUGGCGUCGCCGCCGACCGCCGCCGCAAUCCGGCACCCGGGCGUCCACGCAGGCCGCGCCCCCCUGCCGCGCCACGCCGGCGUCCCCUACCCCUGCUCCGCCCUCCCGUUCAGGUUAGGCGUGCUGUCGUCGAGGAAGUCCCGUGUGGCCGUGUCGGCCACUAGGAGCCCCGGUUUGGGCAAUGCAGGGAACCUGCGCGAGGGUUCGAACUUGUCUAAGAACUGGGAUUUGGGCAGACAGAUUGGUGAUGAGCACGGUGUUCUUAUAGAAUGCAGGGAUGUGCACAAGUCCUUUGGGGACAAGCAUGUCCUGCAAGGCGUCAGCUUCAAGAUUAGACACGGUGAAGCUGUUGGAAUAAUCGGUCCUUCGGGAACUGGCAAAUCAACUAUUUUGAAGGUUAUGGCGGGCCUUCUAGCUCCCGACAAGGGCGAGGUGUUCAUCUGCGGAAAGAAAAGACAGGGCUUAGUUAGUGAUGAGGAUAUAUCAGGUCUCCGGAUUGGCUUGGUAUUUCAAAGUGCGGCAUUGUUUGAUUCUCUCAAUGUUCGUGAAAACGUUGGAUUUCUUUUAUAUGAAAACUCCAACUUGUCUGAGGAGCGAAUAGGUGAACUAGUUACAGAAACAUUGGCUGCAGUAGGGCUAAAGGAUGUUGAGGAGCGAAUGCCAUCUGAAUUGUCCGGUGGUAUGAAAAAGCGUGUAGCUCUUGCUCGUUCAAUAAUAAAUGAUGAAUCACAAGAAACAAUAGUGCCAGAGGCUCUUUUAUACGAUGAACCUACUGCUGGGCUCGACCCUAUUGCAUCCACUGUCGUUGAAGACCUUAUACGUUCCAUGCACGUGACAGGGAAGGAUGCUCUUGGUAAGCCGGGAAAGAUAGCAUCGUAUGCAGUUGUCACUCAUCAGCAUAGCACAAUAAGAAGAGCUGUCGAUAGGUUGUUGUUUCUCCAUGAGGGAAAGAUAGUUUGGGAAGGGAUGACGGAGGAAUUCACGACAUCGACGAAUCCCAUUGUACAGCAGUUUGCCUCUGGCAGCCUGGAUGGUCCAAUUCGAUACUUCUGAUGAUUUAUCCAACUGCUCUGUCGAAUAUUUGACGCAUUCCUAUGCCAGCCUCCACAAUGCAGAGAGGCAUCUACAAUACUUCAGCCAAGAUAUAUGAGCGGUGCCUUUGGGCCCAUCUGGCGAUAGAUGGUGUUAUUCAGCAACUAAUAGAUGCGUUCAGACACGCAAGAAUUGUAACUCUAUUUAUUGGGCCUUAGGUGAAUAAACAGCAAAACCAGCUUAUUGAUUUAGAUGCUCUGUUGUCGAGUUUGGGGUCGAUGUAAAUGUCAUUCUGACGCAGAGCAGCUCCUUGAAUCCCUCAUUUCUUUGUAAACUUUCAUGGCCAAUGAUUUGUUAUGUGAUAUUGAUUUGUAUUGUGCUCAAA